AUGGAUCCUCCAAUUUCAAACGGAAGAUUGUCGUUGAACGAUGUCAAGAAAGACUGGAUAAAUUUCGGCCGAGACGAGAUGAAAAAGGAGGUCACUCGCAGGGAUAAACAUCCGCACACUUCUAUGACACAAGCACAGCCUGAGAAGGAUAGCCAUAAAUUGCCAGAUGACUACUGGAUUUUUGAGGAGCUGGGAAGCAGUGAAGAUACCGAGCGGUCGUCGUGCUUCAUCGAAUUCGUCUACCACUUCCAAAUCCAUGAGAAGCUCCGAGUUUACGCCGAUAACAUGCGAAAGCUGAUCAUCACAGCGCGCAAGGCUAUCAAGGAUCUGAAGCAGGAGAACAUCACGCUCAAGCGAAAGCUAGAGGCGAGUGGUCUGAUCGAAUGCCCUGCUUGUUUGUUCCAUUUCAAACCAGAGAGGAAAAAUCGAAUUCUCCCGAAGUAUAUUAAAGUUUUUCGUGGGAAACUAGCUCUUGAGGUUGAGUUCUCUUCUUUGGACGAGAUGUCGGAGUGGUUAACAGUGAAUCAGCUCGAUGAAAAUAGUGAUGGUCUUCCUACAAUGCUCCCAGAUGAUCGAAAGCUUGAUCUGACGACGACAGGCAGUCUCCUCCACGAACUUGUAAAUGAGCAAAAAGAAUCCGAGACCAAGCAGGAACAGAGUCGUGAUUAG